UCUAUGGUUUACUCUUGAUUAUUUGUACACAAACAAAUUAUAUUUUCAAAACAUUACAAAAGAAAAUAAAAUUACAAAAUGCAGUGUCGUGCAUGCUUAAAAGUUAACUGCGAAAGUGUGACUCUUCUUGAUGAAAAUAAAAUGAAGUGCUUCAACUUGAUAACAGACUUAAAUAUACACAUGGAAGACAGUUUGCCACAACAACUGUGCGAAAAUUGUGCCAAAGAUCUUGAAUUUAGUGUCGGAUUCAGAAAAAAAUGCAUAACAUCAAAUUCCAUACUAGUUAGUGCUCGAAAAUGGAAUGAGGAUUCAAAAAUGACAAUCCAGAUUGGGCAAGAAGAUUUAAAAUGUCAUAAGUUUAAUGAUAUUGAAAAAGAUAAUAAAGUAGACAUAAAGAUUAAGAGUGAAUGCAAUGAUCUGGAAGGCAAUGACAUACAGGAAACUGAAAGUCAUUUUGAAACUGAGAUAAAGACUGAAUACAAUGAUUCAGAUACCAAUGAGACACUGCAAUGUGAAUAUGAGUUAGUCUAUGAAUGCUCUGGCAGUCCAGAACAAACAAGUAAAGUAAAUACCAGAAAAAAGAAGGCAUUGAAAGAAGAUAUUAUCACAAGUAAUAAGAAACAACCUGCACCUAUAAAAUAUGAUUGUGGCAGUCCAGAACAAACAAGUAAACUAAAUACCAAAAAAAGGAAGGCAUUGAAAGAAGAUAUUAUCACAAGUAAUAAGAAACAAUCUGCACCUACAAAAUAUGAUUGUGGUUACCGUAACAAAGCAACUAAAGUGGAGCGAAAACGGGUGGAUAAUUGUUUUGUACCCCUGUGUCCAUCGAAUUCAGCAAAGUUUCCUAACAAAAUAUUUCUGACUGGACCCUCUGAUCCAAAAUUAAGGAAAAUAUGGUUCAAAGCUGUGCAGAGAACUGACUGUUUCUCUUCAAAGACUGUCAUCCGAUGCUGUGAGGAUCACUUUGAUUUGGAGAAUGAUGUCAAAAACUGGAUGAAGUAUAGAUUUUGUGGAGGAAAAAUUUUUCUGAAAAAAGAUGUGGUACCACAUAUUUUUGCAUGCCAAGAUAGAAUUAUGCCAAGUAAAUCUAAAUUGGUAACAAAGAAAAGAAAAAGAGCUAAAAUGGAGAGUGUUGUAAAAACACCAGGACUCUGUGCAGAGAUGAUAGAAAGGGACAAGCUAUGUGACCACGUCAAAAGCCACGAGAGCAACAAUCACUGUGGCGUAUGCUCCUCCCAGCUCAAAGACUGGGAGACGAUGCUGUAUCACAGAAUAUCUCAUCUGCAAAAACCCAACAUUAUUUGUCACAUUUGUUUGAAAAUUUUUCAACUUCCUAUCAGCUUGGAAUAUCAUUACAAUGUAAAACAUUUUGGUAAGAUUGAAGAUGCAGCGAAAUGUAGAGAGUGCAAUAUUGACUACAACACGCUCAAAAGUUUGAAGCAGCACAGAAAAACGGUACAUAACGACACUGAUAAAACUUAUACAUGCAAACAGUGCUCUGAAUGUUUCCGUAACGAAAAUGUUCUGCGAUAUCACAAAAAUAAAUAUCAUAAUGAAAGUAAUGAGACAAAGAACAAAACUUGGCGUUGUAACGAGUGUGAUUAUACAUGUAAAUCAUAUUGCUCCUUUAGGAAACACAGACUUCGGGCUCACACACCUAACAUGGUGUGCUGUAAGUUUUGCGAGGCCCUGUUCAAAGACGAGAGCGGCCUCCAGCGUCACAAGUGCAAGUACAGCGCUCCGGCCGUCUGCCCCGUGUGUGGCGUUGUGAUCAAAGUGCCGAUACAGAUGAGGCGACAUCUAGCGUCGCAUUCCGACGAGCGUAAACACAAGUGCGACCGCUGCGACGUCGCGUACAAGUCGCGCGGCGCGCUGCGGGUGCACAUGAACAAGCACGACGGUAUCCGCGCACACAAGUGCGAGUACUGCCCCGCUGCCUUCUGGGGACAUUCCGCGCUUAUUAAACACCGCAGAUUACAUACUGGUGAGAAGCCGUAUGUUUGCAAGGUAUGUAGCAAAGGUUUCAUAUCCAACCAUAACCUCAAAGUCCACAUGAAGGUACAUGGUAUACACAAUCUAAUAAAGAAAAAAGAUGCCGGAGAGGAUUCUAUAGAAUAAAUAAUGUGCAACAAAGUAACAUAAGUAGUGCAAUUGACUUUCCAGAUUCUGUAUAAAAAGUCGCUUAAUUUGUGAAUAAACGAUUUAAAUAUA